CUUAUCUAAUAUACCCAAAGUUAGGGGUCAUGGACCGCUGAUGGUCGCUGAUUGAAUCGGCCCAGCCCUGUGGGAUCCCUGGCCCGUGCAGCGUGCUACCCCUUAACUUUGAUUCGGGCCCACUCCACUCCCCCAACGCCGCCGGACAGCGGCCAGGGUGCCUGUAACCUUCCCGUCCGCCGUUUCCAGCAAUCCAGCAAUGGAUGUUCAAGGUGACCAAGUCCACCAAAUAAACAGCAACUGACAUGCACAUAUUAGUCUCCCCAAAAUGCAACUAGACCACAGCAUUCGCUCCACCAGGUGUUCCCCGGAUGACUCAUUCAACUUCAGUCUCAACUCUAGAUAUCUCAUUAAUAAACUCAAUAGCAACCUCGCUCUUCAGUUGAUUUCAUAUCAGAAUAAUAUCCCCAGUGUCAGUGAUUGCCACUUAGUCAACGACAUUCACCUCAUCAACCACCUCACUCACAACACAGCAAAAAUGGCUUCCCCCAUCUUAAUCAUCGUCGCCUCCAAAAACCCAGUCAAAGUCCAAGCAGCAAGACUCGGCUUCGAAUCAGCCCUCCCGGAUGCAACCUACACUGUCAGCGGCAUCAGCGUCCCCUCCGGCGUCCCAGACCAGCCCCUCUCCGAUGGAGAGACCCUACAGGGCGCCCUGAACCGGGCCCGCAACGCCAAAGAGGCCGAGAAGGACGCAGACUACUGGAUCGGCCUCGAGGGCGGCAUUGACAUGCCAUCCGACCCGAACGCUCCUAUCAUGAACUUUGCCUGGAUCGUCGUUAUCAGCCGCGACGGGCGGGUGGGAAAGGCGCGAACGGGGGCGUAUUACCUCCCCGAGGAGAGUGCUGCGUACCUGCGUCAGGGCAUGGAGUUGGGACAUGCGGAUGAUUUGAUCUUUGGCCAGACGAAUAGCAAGCAGAGCAAGGGGUCUGUUGGCAUGUUGACUGAUGGGGUUAUCGAUCGGACGUCGUACUAUCACCAUGCUGUCAUUCUAGCUCUGAUUCCCUUCAAGAAUAAGAACCUGACGUUCGUCUGAAUGUCUCGGGCAAGUGCAAGGCAGUGGCACCUUCUCAUGUUCUGAUGUAUGCCAUGAUAUCCUCUGCGGUUUUCCUCUCCACAUCAAGUUCGAUGUGAUGUGCUGGAAUCAUGGGCUUAGCGGGCAGCUCUCAUCUGAUUCUAUGUAUGCCACAGACUAUCCAUCAAGUUCCAAACAUGCCAGCAAUCCAGACUCGGCCAAGCUGAACGCAAUUAUUCCUUCUUGGGGCAGUCCAAUAGGGUUUGCUCUUGCCCUUCGUCG